GUGUCUCGAGUCUCUACACUCAAAUAAUAUUUUUUGAUCUAAUUUUCCCACCUUUCCCACUUGUUUUUGGGUACCAUCUGACGAAGACUAACAAAGUUAACUCAGCGGCUAAAGUAUAACGCGGAAAGUUCAUUUGGCGGGAUUUUCUCCGCUCUCAAUCUCUCUCCGAAGAACUAGGGCAAAAUUCGCCUCUCUUCUCAGAUUCGCCAUUCCAGCUCGAAUUUCUCCUGUCUGUCUCCGUUCACCGAGGGCAAGGAGCUCGAGUUUAUAAUUACAUUUCGGGACUUGUAAACCCUAGCUCAUGGAGGAGGACGCAGCUCCAGAGACGGAGAAUCGCCGCCAACUACGUCCUAAGAGGAACCGGCGGCAGGUCGAGACUGCUAAGAAAGUAACCAGCAGCAGAGGAGCAAAUCAAGAGGAGACUGCCGGUGCUAGCGACGAUGGAGGUUCCCAUGAUGAAAGAGAGGAGUCUCCAGAUGAUUUUGAAGAGCCUCCUCCUAAAGCUAAGCGGAAGCGUGCUGGUGUCGAGGACACUUCGGCCGCACCCGGCGGUUCCUUUUAUCCCCUGAUUGAGGCUAUCAAGGGUAAUGGAAGAAGAAUUCCUCAAGUGGCAAAGUCAUGGGUGGAGCAUUAUGAAAGGGAUCCAAAUCCUGCAAUGGCUGAACUUUUGACUAUGCUGUUUGAGGCAUGUGGAGCUAAAUACCAUAUUGAAAAGGAGUUGGUAAAUGAGACUGAUGUUGAUGAUGUUGUGGUUGCACUUGUUAAUCUAGCUAGAAAGGGUGAAGUGGAAGACCACCAAAGUUUGAAGCGAAAGGAUUUUAGAAACUUCAGAGAUAACCUUGUUUUAUUCUGGGAUAAUCUGGUCGUUGAGUGCCAGAAUGGGCCACUGUUUGACAAGGUUCUGUUUGACAAGUGUAUGGAUUAUAUAAUUGCUCUGUCAUGCACUCCACCAAGGGUCUACCGGCAAGUAGCUUCCUUGAUGGGUCUUCAACUUGUCACAUCCUUCAUUGCUGUUGCCAAGAUGCUUGGUUCACAAAGAGAAACUACUCAAAGGCAGUUAAAUGCCGAGAUGAAAAAACGCAGUGAGGGUUCUCGUGUGGAGUCAUUAAAUAAAAGGUUGUCAAUGACUCAUGAUAAGAUAGUUGUGCUAGAGGAAAUGAUGCGCAAAAUAUUUACAGGGUUAUUUAUCCACCGGUAUCGAGAUAUAGAUCCCAACAUUCGGAUGUCAUGCAUUGAGUCUCUUGGUGUAUGGAUUUUGUCUUAUCCAUCACAUUUCCUGCGAGAUGCUUACUUGAAGUACCUGGGAUGGACCCUCAAUGAUAAAAAUGCUGGUGUAAGAAGGACAUCAAUCCUUGCAUUGCAAAAUCUCUAUGACGUAGAUGAUAACGCCCCAACUCUUGGUCUAUUUACUGAAAGAUUUUCCAACCGGAUGAUAGAGCUUGCUGAUGACGUAGACGUUCCUGUAGCUGUUUGUGCCAUUGGACUCGUGAAGCAAUUACUUCGGCAUCAGCUUCUUCCUGAAGACGACUUGGGUCCCUUGUAUGAUUUACUUAUUGAUGACCCCCCAGAGAUUCGACGUGCCAUUGGAGAAUUAGUAUUUGAUCACUUGAUAGCUCAAAAAUUUAACAGCUCCCAAUCUGGCUCAGGAGGCAGUGACAAGGCAUCUUCUGAGGUUCAUCUCAGCAGACUGCUGCAUAUUCUGAGGGAGUUUUCAACAGAUCCAAUACUCAGUGUCUAUGUUAUUGAUGAUUUAUGGGAGUACAUGAAAGCAAUGAAGGAUUGGAAGUGCAUCAUCUCUAUGCUGUUGGAUGAGAAUUCAAGGAUAGAGCUUACUGAUGACGAUGCGACAAAUUUGGUCAGACUUCUUUUUGCUUCUGUCAGGAAAGCUGUUGGGGAGAGAAUUGUUCCAUCGUCUGAUAAUCGGAAGCUAUCUUACACGAAAGCGCAGAAAGAACUGUUUGAAACCAGUAAGCGGGACAUAACAAAUGCUAUGAUGAAACACUACCCUCUUCUGCUACGCAAGUUUCUGGCUGAGAAAUCAAAGAUACCGUCACUGGUUGAGACCAUUUUGUAUAUGAAUCUGGAGCUUUAUUCACUGAAGAGACAGGACCAGAAUUUCAGAAGUGUUCUGCUACUCAUCAAAGAGGCAUUCUUCAAACAUGGUGAGAAGGAGGCCUUGAGGUCCUGUGUGAAAGCACUUAAUUUCUGUUCCGUAGAGAGCAAGGGAGAGCUGAAAGAUUUUGCUUGUAACCAAUUAAAGUAUCUUGAAGAUGAGCUUAUUGCUAAGCUUAGAUCUGCUUUCAAAGAAGCUGCGCAUGGCGAUGAAUAUGCGCUUCUUGUUAACUUGAAAAGGCUAUAUGAGCUUCAGUUGUCGAGGGCUGUUCCACUUGAGAGUUUAUUUGAAGAUUUUGUUAGUGCUCUUCAUGAUUUCAGAACUGAAGAUGAUGAGGUAGCAAGUUUUCUGCUCCUCAAUAUGUAUUUGCAUGUGGCUUGGUCUUUACAAGCAGCUGCAAACAGUGAAACUGUCUCUGAAGAAGCUUUAUCUUCCUUACUGGUGAAACGGGAUACCUUGUUCAAAGAACUUGAAUACUUCCUUGGGAGCCAGUCUGAUGAUGAGGGGGAUAACUAUGGAAAUCAGUUAGUUUGCAGAAUCUGCAUUAUAGCUGCAGAGGCGUGGUGUCUGUUCCGGCACAGAAAUUUUUCAUUGAGCCAACUGGAAAGUUUAGGAUAUUGUCCAAGCACAUCUGUUCUACAAGGAUUCUGGAAGCUUUGCGAGAAGCAGCUGAAUGUUGGAGACGAGGCAGAAGAUGAGAACAAAGAGUACGUUGAGGAAACAAAUAGAGAUGCUAUUAUGAUUGCUGCUGCCAAGUUGGUUGCCACUGACACAGUUUCAAAAGAUUAUCUUUCUCCACAAAUCAUCUCUCACUUUGUAAUGCAUGAUACGAGUAUCACAGACAUUGUUAAACAUUUGAUCACUGUUAUCAAGAAAAGAGAUGACGAUAUUCCCACUAUCUUCCUAGAAGCUUUGAAGGCGGCUUAUGGAAGGCACAUGUCAGAUCUUUCCAGAACUGAUGAUAAAACUGUCAUUAGCAAAUCUUUGCAACAAUGUAAGGAUCUGGCUGCCCGACUGUCCGGUUCAUUUAUGGGUGCUGCUCGAAACAAGCAUCUGUCUGACGUUAUGAAAAUAGUCAAGGAUGGAAUUGAGUACGCUUUCAUCGAUGCUCCAAAGCAGCUGAGUUUUUUGGGAGGGGCAGUGCUUCCUUUUGUUUCCAAACUUCCGGUGUCGAACAUUAUUGAAAUUCUCAAGGAUGUGGAGCAUAGAACUCAGAAUGUCAACACCGAUGAAGAUCCAAGUGGCUGGGACCCCUAUCUUACUUUCAUGAAAAACUUACAAGAGAAGUAUGCAAAGAAUGAAGAGGAGCCGGAGGCUAGUGCAAAGAGGGCAAAAGGACGCCCAAGGAAACAACGGAAGAUUUCUGGCAAGAGAUUGUUUGAUGAGCAGCCGAGCUCAAGUGAAGAAGAAGACGAGAUCAGUGCAUCGGAUCAAGAAGAUGGAGGAAGGAAGCAAGAUGAGGAUGAUGAAGUAGAUAUUCCAUUAAGGUCACUGAGACUUUCAAGAGACGAAACCAGAGCUUCAACCUCCAGGGCAUCAGGGUCAGCAAGUAGGUAACGUGGGAUGGUAGUAAACGAGUUUCCAGUGUUUAUGGUACAAACAUCGCACGUUGUACAAGGUGUAGUAAUAGUGGAUUUUGUACAUCCUUUCCCUGAUGUAAUGUAAUAAACAAUAUAAACAGACCUUGUAAUUUGCCAAUAUCAGUGACAGACAUAAAUGCAUCCUAGGAGGUUGUUCACACUUACUACAGUUAGAUACAUAUUUUUAUCUUCUGAUCCUUUUGUUUUCAGCUUAGAUUCAGUCUGUAAUCUCUAGUCCUUACAUUUAUUAAUCAUUUGGGACCCUAAUGAACCUGGUGCGGGUUGGUUAACCUUAGUACGAUCCGCGAAGCCUUUGAUGAAUGUAAGCGUACAGAGCUCGAAUAUAUGGUCACAGAACUUAUAAAAGCUUACUGUACGCACUGUGGUUCGUAGAACAAAAUCGACACAGGCAC